UAGGCCGUACGAAUCUUGCCUUCAGACUCCAUUGGAGUAGGCUGAGUGAGUAGUUAGGUUUAUUUACUUCACCUAAUUCAUUGUUCUUACCAGCCCCGGCUUUGCUUCUUUACUCCCCCCGGCCCCCACCACACACAAAACCCAGAUCCGCCUGCCCUUCUUUAUAUCUUCAACCCACUAUUUCAUUAAUUUAAUCGGCAUCACUGAUCGGACACCACGAGAAAAAAAAAAAGACCGAUUAGUUUCUACUACUCAAAUAGUUUCGAAAAUGACCAAGUGUUUCAGCUUCACGGAGUACAAGAACUGGUGCUAUCGAUCCGCUUUCACCAAGUGGGGACUCCAAUCCACCGUGACGGACCUCAAAGACGGCACCGUCAUGCACUGCUGGGUCCCCAAGGCCCGCAAAGAGAGCAAACCCAACCUUCUACUCAUCCACGGACUCGGAGCCAACGCAUUGUGGCAGUGGGCCGAUGUCGUCCGCCACGUCAUCCCCUUCUUCAACGUCUACGUCCCCGACCUCGUCUUCUUCGGGGACUCGGUCACGACCCGGCCGGAACGGACCGAGUCGUUCCAAGCCCAGUGCGUGAUGCGGGUCAUGGAGGCCCACUCGGUGCGGAGGCUGAGCCUGGUGGGCCUCAGCUACGGCGGGUUCGUCGGAUACAGCAUAGCGUGGCAGUAUAAGGAGAUGGUGGAGAGAGUGGUUAUAUGCUGCGCCGGGGUGUGCAUGGAGGAGAAGGACCUGAGGGGAGGAGUUUUUAAGGUCUCCAACUUGGAGGAGGCGGCGAGGAUUUUGGUGCCGCAGACGCCCGAGAAGCUUCGGGAAUUGACGGGCUACACGUUUUUCAGGCCGCCUCCAGUGGGAUUGCUGCCCUCUUGCUUGCUCGCCGAUUUCAUUGACUCAAUGUGCACGGAAUAUGUGGAGGAGAAGAGAGACUUGAUCCGAGCUAUUCCAAAAGAUCGGAAACUUUCAGACCUUCCAAAAAUUUCUCAGCCGACGUUGAUAAUCUGGGGAGAGCAUGAUCAAGUAUUCCCAUUGGAACUAGCUUACAGAUUAAAAAGGCACUUGGGGGAUAAUGCUCACCUGGUAGUAAUCAAGAAUGCUGGGCAUGCCUUCAAUGUAGAGAAACCCAAGGAUUUCUGUAAGCACCUGAUAUCCUUUCUGGUGGAUUUGCCGGCUGCAGCAGCCGCCAUUCACCCCGUCUCCCAAGCAUCAAAGCCACAACCGACUUAAACACAGAAGGGAGGCAUAAACAAAGAUAUGUUAUCAACUCUUGGGAGUUCAUUCUAUGUUUCAAGGCUUGACGUGUAACUUUUCACUUGCGGUUAAAUUUGUGACUCCCUAGGCACAGAGGUAUUGGAUACCUCAUUUUCGGCAACAUUAAUAUCAGAAAUUAUAUA